GUGCCCCCGGCGCCGUUGGGGAACGGUUAAGCGACAGCGCACGCCCCUCAGAGGAGACACGAAGGGGGUUCUGCAGCGCUCAGAUUUCCGGACCACCUUGCCUUCCCCUCUGCUAGCUGAGCAGUGCUGUCCCCAGAAUCCUCGACCCUCCCCCACCCCCCGCAUUUGCUCCCAACCUCGCCCUAAAUCUUUCACACACACGGGUGUCCCCCGCCCUCUCGAGCCACCCUCCGCCCCUUAAUUUUCUGCAUCCUCUUCUCAGAGCGCCCCCCCGGAUCGCUCUCCGAGGGCGGCCUUUUGAAAAAUCUUCGUGGAGUAGUGGACCAGAGCUGGGGAGUUUUCAAAAGUCGGGGCGCGCGCGAGAGGAAGGUACGAUGGCUUCCUCGUCUGGCAACGACGAUGAUCUCACUAUACCCAGAGCUGCUAUCAAUAAGAUGAUCAAAGAGACACUCCCCAAUGUCCGGGUGGCCAACGAUGCCCGGGAGCUGGUGGUGAACUGCUGCACUGAAUUCAUUCAUCUUAUAUCUUCUGAAGCCAAUGAGAUUUGCAACAAAUCGGAAAAGAAGACCAUCUCGCCAGAGCACGUCAUACAAGCACUAGACAGUUUAGGCUUUGGCUCUUAUAUCAGUGAAGUAAAAGAAGUCUUACAAGAAUGCAAGACAGUAGCGUUAAAAAGAAGAAAGGCCAAUUCUCGUUUGGAAAACCUUGGCAUUCCUGAAGAAGAGUUAUUGAGACAGCAACAGGAAUUAUUUGCAAAAGCUAGACAGCAACAAGCAGAAUUGGCCCAACAGGAAUGGCUUCAAAUGCAGCAAGCUGCCCAACAAGCACAGCUUGCUGCUGCUUCAGCAAGUGCAUCCAACCAGGCAGGAUCUUCUCAGGAUGAAGAAGAUGAUGAUGAUAUCUGAAAUUCACCAGCUGAGUUUCUAUUUCCUCUAUAAAUGUUUUUCCCUGCACAAGAAAACAGUGAAAGAAAUGCUUAUCUGUAAUUUUGUAUGCAUCUUGGUGGACUUGCCAUUGGUAUUCUAGAGAUAUCUGCUGUUAAGUUUCAUCUAUUGUGUGCUAUUCGUGUAAAAACUGUCUCUUUGAACUAUUGAAAAUUUAAGGUUCAGUAUAAUAUCAAUUUUGAAUUUUUAAUGGUGUUUAUGAAAUUUUAGAUAGCAGUGAGUCCUUUAUUUGAUCAAUAAACAGUGUUACAGAAAACUUCGAGUUUAUAAAAAUACAGUGAAAUUUAUACAGAAGCUCUAAACCUGCAUUUGCAUUUCCUCUGCCCUUUUAACUAAACUAAAAAUUGGGAAUUUUAAAUUAUUGGGGGGGAGGUGUUGUGUGAUGCAGUAGACAUUAGAUCAGGUUGGUGAAAAAAACAGUUCAGUUAUGUAGUAUCUGGAUUUUUUGUCUUUUAAAAUGAGUAUAUAUAUAGGCAAUAAAUAUAUAUGCUCAGGUAAAUAUACUUGUUUAAAAAAUCUCAAAACAAGACAUUCAAAAACUAGGAAGAAUAUGUUCAAUAGUAAUUGUAAAAUUUGGUAGGUUAUGUUUUUGUUCUUGAUUUUGUUUUUGUUUUAUGUAGAGGUAAAGACUAAAGUUUUAUUAUGGCAUAAUUCAUCUUGAGCUAUACUAUUACAUUUGAAAGACUGCCCAGUUUUGAGGACUGUCAUGAUUCUUAGUAUUUCACUCCAAUAAUUGUUAAUAGUAUUACUUGCUUGGUCCAUCCGUGUUUAUUGGAACUUGUGAAACAGUUGCUUAGGUUCCGUUGGUUUAACUAAGGUUCAUGAAUAUUCAAGCCUUUGCUGGAGGAAAGAAGUGAAAGUUAAUGAGCAUGCUUGCUAUAAGAGGGAUUUUUUUUGUAAUUUAACUUGUAGUUAUAGUUUACUUAUUGUUUGUUUUUAGCAUUACUUUUACAAUUUCUUGACUAGAUGGCCUAGAGUGUCCAAUGCUUCCUUUUGGAAUGGCAUCAUUGUCUCCAUCAUAAUUGAGCUUUAAAAAAUGAUUGGUUUUGUUUUGUUUAAGAAAGUGUCAUAAUCGAUCAGUCCUAUAUGAAAUAUAGUUUCAACCUGCUCAUUAAAGGGAAAAGCUUUAAUUUGGUUCUAAUAAAUAAAGUGUGGUAGUGAUUUUUAUAGGAAUCUGGUGUGUUGAACAACUGGCCUAUUGUUGGAAUUUGAAAACAGACUGGAAAAGCCACUUAAGAUAGUAUGAAGUAAUCUAAAUUCCUAUGUCAGUUGCCAAAUCAUUUAAAUUUGUAUAUUCACCAGGUCUAAAGAUAGAUUGUGGCUGCCAGGAUUCCAAUUUUAAUUAAAGAGCUAAAUAAGUAAAGUUUACAAGUAUUAGAUUUCUUAAUGAUAUUUUGCAGUUUUAGAAAAAGUGACAUAUUGUCAUACAUUUAUUAAAUACACUUCUUCCAUGCCACAAAUAUAUGAAUCUUGCUGAAUGUUUUGAGUUGAAGUUGAUAUUGUAUCCAUGAAGUGCGUUUGGACAAGAUAGAAGGGACUGUUUUUUUAAAAGUUUAAGUACCAAAGGUAGUCUAGUCUAAGAAAUUAUAAGUUAAUAAGUGUUGGCUUUUCUAACUUGUACUGUAACAUCCUUAUACUUUCUCUUUUAAGUAUAUCUGUUUCUUAAGUAAACAACUUAGAUAUUUUUCCAUCCUUUUUUUUUCCUUUUUGAUGCAGAGUUCAGGUUAAUUAAUAUUUUACUGCAUCUGAUAAUAAUGUAUUAUAUGUUUGAAUCCUAGUGACUUUUCAUUUUGACAUUCUUGUGAUUUUCAUAUGCUGUAUUCUUCAAGCAAUAAAAUCUGAUGUGUUUUA